AAGUGCAGAGUUCGCCUCGGGAUUGGGAGCCGCUGUCCAUCGCCGUUCCCAAUCCCACCCAAACUGACGUCAUUGGAUGCCAGCAUGGUAACUGCGUCAGUUUGGAAAAACCGGGAGAAGAAGAACGUAAAGGAUCACCACCAACUUGAUUCUUCCUUUGUCUCUUCUUUCCAUUUGAAACCGUCUACAACAUCUCUGACGCCCCUCGACCCCUUGUCUGGCCGAACACCAAUCGGCACUCCAUCCCCCUCACCCCCCUCACCCUCUGGAUCCCCUGCCAGAUCCCCUUCCAAUCUCUCCAAGUUUGGCCUCUCUUCUCUCUCCUCUCUCCACAUGUCAUCUCUCUCUUCUUCUUCUUCAGAGGAGGAAGGAUCACAGACCUCCUCCCCUUUUAGUGCUUCUUCUGUUUCCCUGGCUGUCUCAACUCAGUUUUCCUCCUCUGCCACUCCCCCCAGUCCUGCCUGCCCUUCCUCCACAACCCACAUCUCCUCCCCUACCCCCCAGUCCUCCUCUCCAAACCCCCUGGACAACCAUGGAGAGACCAACAAAGACAGUGAGACUGCCAGAGAUCUUAUGAGCUCUGAGGUCAAAGAGGUGGGGGCAGUUGUUCCACAGACAAAGAGAAUGGUACCCCUAUUUUCUGGCAUCGCAGAGGCCUCCAUUGACCUGAGGGCUUCCUCUGUCUCCUUGGAGAGGCCAUUGGUCAGGUCUCGGGAAGCCAUGGCUCGCCUCCCCAACCUGUUCAGCAAGAGGAGCACCCAGCUGGGGGAGCAGAGCUGCACAGGCGAGGGUGAAGACAACACCAAGCUCCUUGGGUUGCCUAAUAUUGGCAACACCUGCUUCAUGAACUCUGCUCUGCAGUGCCUGCUGGGGCUGCCAGCAUUUUGCAGAGACAUCCUGAGACAGCAGAACAUCUGGAGUUCCUCCCCCUCCUCUAAACUGCUAUGCUGCUUUGCCAAGUUACAUCAGGCCAGGCUUUCUGGAGGCACUGUUAAUGCCAAGAACAAGGAAAAUAAGAAAAUCCUUCAAACAGUCAAGCGCUGUCUUUCCGUUGUCAAUGAGGACUAUGAGGAAGACUAUGAACAGGAUGCCCAUGAAUGUGUGUUGCUCCUCCUCUUUCAGCUGAAGGAGGAGGGUAUGGCAUUAAAGGGCUCACCAGAGCCAUACACCUGCCCCGUGAAGCAGUUAGAAUUCAAGCUGAAGACUUCCCGUACCUGCACCAGCUGUGGAGUUAUAGUUUAUGGCCAGGAGGAUUACAAUCACCUGUCACUGAGCCUGAGCCAUGACCUGCCACACAGCCUGGACCUCUACUUUAAGCCAUCUGCGUUAGAGUGUGCAUGCAGGGUGUGCUCAGGCAGCAUGGCAUCUGUGACUAGGCACUUCCUCACGCUGCCCCGGGUCCUAAUGCUUCAUAUCAAGCGAUUUACUGCAGGUCACUGGGAGCCAGAGAAGGUGGAUGAUCCCAUGUCCAUCCCUGCAGAAAUAACCCUCCCAGCCGUAUGUGGGAAGACAGCCCAUGUCCAGUAUGGAGCCAGGGCAAGCUCCCUGGGGAGAAACAACAUGGACAACACACCUGCAAACUCCCCGAAAGGCACCCUUGAUAGACCAGGCCACUACAUCAGUGAUGUUUUGGACAGCCGUGGCAGUGGGUGGCUCUGCCUGGAUGACGCACAUGUCUUGAGGACAGAUGAGGCCACUGUGCUGAAGGCGAUUGCACAGACUGCCUACAUCCUGUUCUAUGUCUGCAGUGGAGCAGGUGAAGGAGACCAGGCCCCUCACUACCAGGAGGAGGACCAGGAGUACCCAUCAUUACACUCAGGGAGAGGCACAGCGCUCAGGGACCACCUGGAGUAGCACCUACCACACACCAAGAAACAUCAGAUUCAUCGAAUUAGGCUGCCCAACCAUAAGCACCACCAUCAAGCUGUCCUACACCACCAUCAAGCUGUCCUACACCACCAUCAAGCUGUCCUACACCACCAUCAAGCUGUCCUACACCACCAUCAAGCUGUCCUACACCACCAUCAAGCUGUCCUACACCACCAUCAACUGCCUUAGACCACCAUCAGACCUCCCUACUCCACCAUCAAGCUGCCCUAGACCACCAUCAAGCUGCCCUACACCACCAUCAAGCUGCCCUACACCACCAUCAAGCUGCCCUAGACCACCAUCAAGCUGCCUUACACCACCAUCAAGCUGCCCUAGACCACCAUCAAGCUGCCUUAGACCACCAUCAAGCUGCCCUAGACCACCAUCAAGCUGCCCUAGACCACCAUCAACUGCCUUAGACCACCAUCAAGCUGCCCUAGACCACCAUCAAGCUGCCCUACACCACCAUCAAGCUGCCCUACACCACCAUCAAGCUGCCCUACACCACCAUUAAGCUACUCUAGACCACCAUCAGACUAUCCUAGACCACCAUCAAGCUGCCCUAGACCACCAUCAGACUAUCCUAGACCAUUAGGACAUCACGCUGCCCUAAACAACCUAGACACCAAGCUGCCCUAGACCACCAGAACAGCAGGCUGCCCAAGACCACCAGAACACCAGGCCGCCCUAGACCACCUGGACAUCAGGCUGCCCUAGACCACCAGGUUGCCCUAGACCACCAGAAGAAACAGCCUACACCACAAAGCAUGUACCCACUCUAGGCCAUCUACUGUAUGUUUACAAUUAUAUAAAUAUAAAACAUCUCACCGACCGAGUGCAAUUAAUGUUCCUUUACUGUACAUGGUUGUCACGCCCUGGUCAAAGUAUUUUGUGUUUAUCUUCAUGUAUUGGGUCAGGCAUGGGUUUUUGUAUGUGGUGUGUAUAUAUUGGGAUUGUAGCUAGUGGGGUGAUCUAGCAAAGUCUAUGGCUGUCUGGAGUGGUUCUCAAUCAGAGGCAGGUGUUUAUAUCAUUGUCUCUGAUUGGGAACCAUAUUUAGGCAGCCAUAUUCUUUGAGUUUGUCGUGGGUGAUUGUCCUUAGUGUCUUUGUUCCUGUCGCUGUGUUAGUUGACACAAGUAUAGGCUGUUUCGGGUUUCGUUAUUUACGUUCUUUGUUUUGUAGUGUUUGUGUUAAUUCGUGUUUACGUUGUUCAUUAAACAUGGAUCGCAAUCUA